UAGCGCACGGGCGCCAUGUUAGGACGAAGGGGAAGGAAGAGAAGCGCUUAAAGCGGCGGGAGCGGGCGCGGGAGUGGGGUUGGACCCACGGCUGAGGCAGGCUCCCCCUCCCUCCCGCCUCAGUGGAUCAUGCCCAGGGCGGCAGCGGUGGCGGCGGCAGCGGUUGCGGGGGGGAAGUGAUUAGGCGGUGCCGGCGCAGGAGACGAUGCCGUUUAAAAGAGUCUCUAAGAAGUGAUACAACACACUUGAUGAGACAGUCGUGUGUACCACCUGUGGUUCAAGUGUGAGAAUAGUGCUUAAAUUUGAAUGACAGCCACCUGGCUGUGAGGCAGAUGAAUUACAGCACCCAUUAUAACAUUCCAGUUACAACACAGGGAUCACAACAGACGCAGCCACCGCAGAAGCACUAUGGCAUCACCUCGCCUAUCAGUUUAGCAGCCCCUAAGGAGACCGACUGGGUGCUGACACAGAAACUCAUCGAGACUCUGAAGCCCUUCGGGGUUUUUGAAGAGGAAGAAGAACUGCAGCGCAGGAUUUUAAUUUUGGGAAAAUUAAAUAACCUGGUGAAAGAAUGGAUACGAGAAAUCAGUGAAAGCAAGAAUCUUCCACAGUCUGUAAUUGAAAAUGUUGGAGGAAAAAUUUUUACAUUUGGAUCUUACAGAUUAGGAGUACAUACAAAAGGUGCCGAUAUUGAUGCAUUGUGUGUUGCACCGAGACAUGUUGAUCGAAGUGACUUUUUCACGUCAUUCUAUGAUAAAUUGAAAUUACAAGAAGAAGUAAAAGAUUUAAGAGCUGUUGAAGAGGCAUUUGUACCAGUCAUCAAACUCUGUUUUGAUGGGAUAGAGAUUGAUAUUUUGUUUGCAAGAUUAGCAUUGCAGACUAUUCCAGAAGAUUUGGACCUACGAGAUGACAGUCUGCUUAAAAAUUUAGAUAUAAGGUGCAUAAGAAGUCUUAAUGGUAUGCCUGUGCUCAUGCCAAUAGUCUUAUCAAGUGCUACAAUCUUUUUGAACAGGGAAUGGCCAAAUCCAGUGCUUUUGAAACAGCCUGAAGAAUGCAAUCUUAAUUUGCCUGUGUGGGACCCAAGGGUAAACCCCAGUGAUAGGUACCAUCUUAUGCCUAUAAUUACACCAGCAUACCCACAACAGAACUCCACGUACAAUGUGUCCGUUUCAACACGGAUGGUCAUGGUUGAGGAGUUUAAACAAGGUCUUGCUAUCACAGAUGAAAUUUUGCUGAGUAAGGCAGAGUGGUCCAAACUUUUUGAAGCUCCAAACUUCUUUCAAAAGUACAAGCAUUAUAUAGUACUUCUAGCAAGUGCACCAACAGAAAAACAACGUCUAGAAUGGGUGGGCUUGGUGGAAUCAAAAAUCCGAAUCCUGGUUGGAAGCUUGGAGAAGAACGAAUUCAUUACAUUGGCUCAUGUGAAUCCUCAGUCAUUCCCAGCACCCAAGGAAAAUCCUGACAAGGAAGAAUUUCGUACAAUGUGGGUGAUUGGGUUAGUGUUUAAAAAAACAGAAAAUUCUGAAAAUCUCAGUGUUGAUCUCACCUAUGAUAUUCAGUCUUUCACAGAUACAGUUUAUAGGCAAGCAAUAAACAGCAAGAUGUUUGAGGUGGAUAUGAAAAUUGCUGCAAUGCAUGUAAAAAGAAAGCAACUCCAUCAACUACUACCUAAUCAUGUGCUUCAGAAAAAGAAAAAGCACUCAACAGAAGGAGUGAAAUUAACAGCUCUGAAUGACAGCAGCCUUGACUUGUCUAUGGACAGUGACAACAGCAUGUCUGUGCCUUCCCCCACCAGUGCUACGAAGACCAGUCCAUUGAACAGCUCUGGCAGCUCUCAGGGCAGAAACAGUCCUGCUCCAGCUGUGACGGCAGCAUCUGUGACCAACAUCCAGGCUCCUGAAGUCUCUGUGCCACAAACAAAUUCCAGUGACCGCUCAGGGGGUACAUCGAGUGAAAGCAUUCCUCAAACUGCCACACAGCCAGCCAUUUCGCCACCACCAAAGCCUACAAUCUCUAGAAUGACUUCCUCAACGCGUCUGGUAAACCCACCGCCUAGAACUUCAGGAAAUACAGCAACAAAAAUACCUAACCCUAUAGUAGGAGUCAAGAGAACGUCCUCACCUCAUAAAGAAGAAAGUCCCAAGAAACUCAAAACAGAAGAGGAUGAAACAAGUGAAGAUGCUCACUGUGUUGCUUUGAGUGGACAUAAGACAGAAGCAAAGGAGCAACUUGAUACAGAAACAAGUACAGCUCAAUCAGAACCUACUCAGACAGCGACUUCUUUGUUGGCCUCUCAGAAAACAUCCAGUACAGACCUUUCUGAUAUCCCUGCUCUCCCUGCAAAUCCUAUUCCUGUUAUCAAGAAUUCAAUAAAACUGAGAUUGAAUCGGUAAAAACAACCUCAGGGGUCCAUAAACAAUAUCUGCCAACUCAACCUGUUGUCUUCAAAUGCUAAAAAAGGAGAAUGGAGGGUACAAGACUGAAAAUGGAUUAGGUUUUUUUUGGUGACCUCCCUCACUGGGCUAAUCAGCACUUGAUCGGAAGUCCAG